AUGAAGACCAAGGAGUGGGGGCCAGGAGAAGAGUCAGGUCCUAAAGGAAGGGCAGACUUGGGUCAGAUCACGUGGAGCAUUACUAAAAACCCUUCUCUGGGCGUGGUCAGAACUCCUCAGAAAGGGAGUGAAAAUCGCAGCGAACUUUGUGCUUACCCUGCGCAGGGCCCCAGACAGGGUGGCCGGCGGGCCCCCUGGGUGGUCAAGGCGGGGCAGGGCCCCGGGCCCCACCCCCUCCACGUCCUCGGGCAGGCCCGCCGCCCGCGCCCCGCCCGCUUCCGCCUGGGCCUCCCGGGCGCCCCGCCGGCAGCGUCGCGCUCGCACCAGGGCCGGCUGCCGCCGAGGAACCCGCGCCCGCGCCCGCCUGGACCGGCCCAGCGCCCGCGGCGGGAAAGCUUUGCUCACGCCGGCGGAAUGCGGGCCCAGGAGGCGGCGGAGACUGCUCCCCCAGCCCCCACCCCGGGCACCCGGCGGUCCCCACGCGGGGAGCGGCGCCCCGACGUGCGGCUGGCGGAGCCAAACCGAGGCCAGGUCGUUGGGGCGCGGUGGCGGCAACUUAGGACCGCAGAGAUGCAGUAUCCUUGAAUCCUUGACCAGAAAGCUCCUUGAGGCCAGGUCUUGUCUUUCUCUUGGGGUGUUCCCAACAAACAAAUUCUCAGCAGAAGCCACACAAAAAGUAAACACUAUGGAAGUCUUAUUGAUUUGGUCGAGCUGUUUCUUAAGGGCUGAAUGUUUGUGUCCCCACAAAUUCAUGUUGAGCUCCUAAACCCUCCGCCCCACCACCCUGUGAUGGUAUUAGGAGGUAGGGCUUUUGGGAGGUAAUUAGAUCAUGACCCCCAUGAAUAGAAUUAGUGCCCUUAUGAAAGAAACCCCCCAUUUUGCUCUCUGGCUCCUUCUUCAAUGUGAGGACACAGCUAAAAGACAGCCAUCUACAAAUCUGGAAGCAGGCCCUCACCAGACACCGGAUCUGCCAGCACCCCGAUCUUGGACUUCCCAGCCUCCAGAACCAUGAGAAAUAAAUUUCUGUUGCUUAUAAGCCA